CAGCAGGGUGGUGUCACUGCUGUCCAGCUGCAGACUGAGGCCCAGGUGGCAUCCGCCUCAGGCCAGCAAGUCCAGACCCUCCAGGUAGUGGUGACCUCUCUAAUUGUGUUUGUGAGCACUGCAUGACUCUCCCCAUCACCACAUAUCUAAUGCUGUGUUUUUUACAGGAUUUGGAAUAGGCACAGGAAAAUUGUUGGCUGAUACUGUGUGCUUUAUGUGAGGUUUCCCACAAAGAGUGAGGUUGUAGCUUUUCAUUGCAUCACAGGCGUGUUGAUGAAUUCCAGCUGUAGUAAUUCAGAAAGCAAAUAGCGGAUGAAAUGGGAGUCAAAAGGGAAGAAACCCACCCAGAUAAUGAAGUCAAGAGACACGACUUAAAAGAGAUAAAGCUUAAAGAUUUUCUGUACUUCCACGAUUACAUUUGUGAUACUCACUGUGAGUAGUUUGCAGGUUUUUUUCCUACAUGAGAGAGAGACACAGAGGUAGGGGGUGACCCACCAGCAAGAAGAGAGAAACUUUUUGUAUCUGUAAUUGGAAAAGCUGCCUGGAAACAGUAUUAGCUGCUGCAACAGUAUUAGCUCCUGAUCGCUCAUUUCCUGCCUGUAUUACACAUUGCAGGGGAGCUCAGAUGUGUGCUUCCUAACAGCACACCUAGCAGAAAUUGGAAAGAAGCACAUGGUCAUUUCAAGCCCUGAUUUACUUCAGUGUGAAGUACUGUGGGCCAUGCAAAUGCAUUUGCCAUCUCGUUAGCUCACAUAGGAAACUUGUGGAGGAGCCCUGGGCAGCUGUAGCAGUUUAGCAGUGCGUUGCUCACUUAGUAUUUUGGUUUUGCUUCAGGUCUGAAUGGUCUUGCCAGGUGUCAAGUUGAACACAGCAUUUUUUAUGUUUGGAGUUCAAGUAUGAAAAGCUGGCUGACUUGAAUUGCUUGGAUCACUGUGACCUCCUCCUUCUCCCCACUUUUUUUUUUUCUUUUUCUUUUAUUUUUUUUUCCUUUGCUUGCCUUAAUGCAUUAACAAGAAUCCUGGAAUGCCCACUUUACUUUCUGCCUGCUGGAUGUAGUACUGCUGCUGUGCUUCUCUGGCUGACACGAGCAUGCUUUUCUCUCUGGUAACUCAGAACACACACUGCCCAUUUUGUCAGCGACUGCUGUGUGAUAGCGGCGAGGCUGAGGAAGGAACGGAUCAAUGUGGCAAGGGGAUCAGGUGACCUUUAGAGCUACAGUGUCCUAUUUAAGGUGUUGAUCCCUGGGAUGCAACUGUGGUUGAGUCUGUUUGUGUGUUAACACGUAGUUCAGCAGGGUAUUUGAACUAUGCAGAGGGAAGUUGGUGGGUUUUUGAAGUGAAAUGCGAUGGAAAUCUGUGCCGAUCUCAGUCUGGUGCUCUACAGUGGAAGUGCUUGAAGAGUGAAUGUUUGGCACUGCCUACCCUUGAAUUUUACUGCUAGGAAACCCAAGAACUCUGAUUUUUGUCACGUUGUUCUGGUUUGUAAACAACUCCCAGCUGAUUAGGAGUCAUUACCCAGUUCAAAAGGCUCCUCUCACAUUCCAGCUGAGGCGGUGUGGCUUUCUGUAGGCUUCUCAAAGAUACUUAGAAGGUCCAGGGGCAGCCGUUAAUGGUGCAGGUGAGCGGAGGGCAGCUGAUCACAUCGACUGGCCAGCCCAUCAUGGUGCAGGCUGUGCCUGGGGGCCAGGGCCAGACAAUCAUGCAAGUCCCUGUUUCUGGAACGCAAGGGCUGCAGCAGAUUCAGUUGGUCCAGCCAGGUCAGAUUCAGAUUCAAGGUGGGCAGGCUGUACAGGUACAGGGGCAGCAGGGCCAGACCCAGCAGAUCAUUAUACAGCAGCCACAGACUGCAGUUACUGCUGGCCAGACACAGACUCAGCAGCAAAUAGCAGUUCAAGGACAACAAGUAGCACAAACGGCUGAAGGGCAGACCAUAGUCUAUCAGCCCGUUAACGCGGAUGGAACCAUUCUCCAACAAGUUACAGUCCCUGUUACAGGCAUGAUCACCAUUCCAGCAGCCAGUCUGGCUGGAGCACAAAUUGUGCAAGCAGGAGCCAACACCAAUACCACCAGCAGCGGACAAGGGACUGUCACAGUGACACUGCCAGUUGCUGGAAAUGUUGUCAAUUCAGGUGGAAUGGUUAUGAUGGUGCCUGGAGCUGGAUCAGUACCAGCUAUCCAGCGGAUACCUUUGCCCGGAGCAGAGAUGCUUGAAGAAGAGCCCCUCUACGUAAAUGCUAAGCAGUACCAUCGGAUCCUGAAGAGGAGGCAGGCACGUGCAAAGCUUGAAGCGGAGGGGAAAAUUCCCAAAGAAAGAAGGAAAUACUUGCAUGAGUCUCGGCAUCGUCACGCCAUGGCCAGGAAGAGAGGGGAAGGGGGGCGUUUCUUCUCACCAAAGGAGAAAGACAGUCCCCAUAUGCAGGAUCCACCUCAGAACAAUGAAGAAGCAAUGACACAGAUGAUCAGAGUCUCCUAAUCACUGCUAACAUAAAAAUGUAACUGAAUUCCUGUCCCUUCUGCAAGUCUGUCCUACCUUACCAGUGUAUCAAGCAAGUCUUUCAAUGGGACAAUCACCACAUCACAGCCUAUCCUUUUCUACAGACAAACACCACUUUUUCAGCGUGUGGUAAAGAUUUUAACUGCAGUUGACUCAACUAAUAGAAACUGAAUGACUGUCUUGGUAUACUCUUCUGAUUCAGUGCAGGGAUUUCAGUCUGACAGCUCAUGCCUUUUUUUUUUUUUUCCUUUUUUUCUCCUUUAUAACAUCUCUCGCAUUAAGAUUGGCCAUGGUGAGUGUACCACUGACUGACCAGCAAUAACUGGCGUGCUGAAGGAGGGCCAGUAGAGGCUUCUUGGAGUUAUGACCCUUCUGCGCAGCGACAUAAUCCAGUUGAUAGCAACCAGCACUGAUGUGGCUAUACCACAGUACUUCGUUUUCCCAGUAGAGAACUGUUAGUUACAUCCACUAUUUGCAUCUUUGGAUUUACUGUCUACUGAACUGUUCUCUGCUGUUGCAUUUGCACCUGCAAAGCUGACAGAAACUGAAGGGGGUUCUCUUAAGCUCCACUCUGUAAAAUAUGUAAACAGCAAACUCUUCUCUGGGAAAAGUUCAGCCAUCAAGUCAAAGUGAUCAAAACAGUUCAAGAUUAUUACAGGACUUGAUUUAUUGUGUAUCUCUUCCAGGAAGUAAGAGUGGAGAGGGUUAUUGAUGUGAGGAUAAGGAUUUAGUUAGUAAAUGCAAUUUGUUGGUGUUUUUUGGUAUGCUUACUGCCAGCAGUUAGUGCUUUGGAAGAAGAGUGGAUGCCAAUAUUAAAGUAUUGAAGCUUCUAAGUGAGUCUCUUCCAAAGGAUUACUUUUAAAAUCUUUAUUUCCAACCUAACCAGUCCGAUGCAUGGUUCUCCAAAAGAAAUACAAUCUGCAACAUCUGAGUGAUAACACUUGACCAUCUUUUUGACAGUAUUUCUUGAUGUGUGCUGUAAAUCAGUUCUACAGUUCUCAUUCUACAUAGAGUGAGGGACGUUUUAUGAUGGCAGAAGCGCAGGGCCACUCAACCAGGUGCAUACUGAUGUUUUGAAGGACUGUUGAAUGAAGGCAUGUACUGGUUAACUGUUCAGGCUUCUAACAGACUAUCCACUUAAAAAAGAAGAGUUUUUAAAAUGUGGCACUCAAGAAGUAGCUGCAUUCAAAAAGUAAUAAUAACAAUGUCGUGGAUUUUUCAUUAUUACAACUGGUUUCUGGCUGCAUACCUUAACAACACAACUUCUUGUUCGUUAUGGGUUUUUAAACUUGUCCCAUUUUUACUGAUGUAAAAUAUGAUGGAAUUCAUGAACAAGCAACCUGUGAUGCAGAGUGCCUACCUAGGUACUAACACAAGUGUCCAGAUCAGCCACCUGCAAAAACACUUAGCCAGUAUAGGUACAAAGAGGAGGAGCAGAUUUGGCAUUCGCAGUAAGGCAGCUGGAUUUUCUAAAUGAAGUUCCAUUUAUUCUCUUCUGAGCUUCUAGCUCUGCAUUCUUACCCUUACACAGCUGACGUGGUGAGCUGAAGCAAAGCUGACAAACAGUUCUGCAAGGCAGGCCUGCAGCCACAGAGAAAGGUAAAAGCCAAGUUCCAAAUAGAUCUUUGGAUUCAGUUGUCAAAAAUUAUAUUAGUAAUCUAGUAUUCUGCUCACAAACUUUACAUGAGGGUUUUUUCCAGCUAUUCAAAAGGCAUUGAUAGCAUUUUUGGUGCCUUUGGUUGCUUCUGCCUUAAAAUACUUGGCCAGUUAGAGCGUGGUGCUGCUGCUUUUUUUUUCUUCAGUCAGUAACUAUAAGAUCCUCACCUGGCAUUUCUCGUGAGGUCACCCAUUUCAGGAAACCCAUAGCUCUCGUUUAGUGAAGGAAUAACAAAACCUUUUCCUUAGUUGAAUUUGCCGCACUAUUGUAAAUACUUUUUUAUGCAUCUGUACAUGUUGUCGAUAGGGUGUUCAUGUGCUGGAGGAACAUCUCUGUGCUGCAGUAAGACGGCCUCCAUAACGUUUCUGCUCUUCAACUGACAGCUAAUCUCUGUCUCAGAGAACCCCCUCAGACAGUUGGAAGUUAUGGAAGCAGAGAUUGUUGCUCUGACGUAGGUUUUUGUUCAUUUCUUUUAAACUAGUAAUUCUUGUUUUUCUUAGAGAAGUUGUCAACUUCUUCCAAACGACUAGAACUUUUUUCCCCAGUGAGCCCUUCAUAUAUAGGUUCUCUGAUCUGUUGUUGUAGAACGUGUACUAAGGCCUAUGGAUUCGUGUUACUUAGGAAGCUUUACUGUUAAUACUUCAAAUAAGGAUGUGAAAAGCUGAGUGCAGCUGUUACGUUUUUCACCUGCAUUUGGUUAUUUGUGUUGGCCUCUGAAAGCAGCGUUUGCUUGGUGGCAGGGCGACACUUGGAGAAUGGUCCUGGAGUGAUGCUGGAGUGCUUCAAGGCUUUGCAUGUUAAAAACGGGAGAGAGGAGAAAAAAUUCUUUGUGACUGGAUGUGGGGGGGGGGGGUGGGAGGG